GCGGCCGCCCUGCGCGCGAAGCUCGUGGCCCGAGAGGGGUGCGGUCGGGCCGGCGGAGGCGGGGCCCUGGCUGCCUCUCUCCCUGCUCAUAGGCUGGCCGCUCAGGCCCGGCCGGCCUUGAGGCCUCGGGAUUCGCGGCGGCGCUGCCAAUCAGGCGAGCGGGCCCCGCCCCCCCGGAGUUGGGUGAAAUAGAGGCGGGCGUCAAGUGUCAGUAGUCGUGGGGCAGGUACGCGCGCUCGCAGUUCUCUCGCUGAGGUCGGCGGUGGCGGGAGCGGGCUCUGGAGAGCCUGAGAGCGCAGUGGGGCGGGGCGGGAGAAAGUGGCCGCCCGUAGGACGUUGGCGUUUACGUGUGGAAGAGCGGAAGAGUUUUGCUUUUCGUGCGCGCCUUCGAAAACUGCCUGCCGCUGUCUGAGGGGUCCACCCGAAACCUCUCCCCUCCUCCGACCGCAGCCCCGCACCGAGCUCGCCGCCCCAAGCCAGGGUGGGCGAGGUGGGAAGUGCGCCCGACCCGCGCCCGGAGCCGCGCUCCCGAGUGCCCAUGGCUACGCGGGUGCUGAGCAUGAGCGCCCGCCUGGGACCCGUGCCCCAGCCGCCGGCGCCGCAGGACGAGCCCGUGUUCGCGCAGCUCAAGCCCGUGCUGGGCGCCGCAAAUCCGGCCCGCGACGCGGCGCUCUUCCCUGGCGAGGAGCUGAAGCACGCGCACCACCGCUCGCAGGCGCAGCCCGCGCCCGCGCAGGCCCCGCAGCCGGCCCAGCCGCCCGCUGCCGGCCCGCGGCUGCCUCCCGAGGAGCUAGUCCAGACAAGAUGUGAAAUGGAGAAGUAUCUGACACCUCAGCUUCCUCCAGUUCCUAUAAUUCCAGAGCAUAAAAAGUAUAGACGAGACAGUGCCUCAGUCGUAGACCAGUUCUUCACUGACACUGAAGGGUUACCUUACAGUAUCAACAUGAACGUCUUCCUCCCUGACAUCACUCACCUGAGAACUGGCCUCUACAAAUCCCAGAGACCGUGCGUAACACACAUCAAGACAGAACCUGUUGCCAUUUUCAGCCACCAGAGUGAAACGACUGCCCCUCCUCCGGCCCCGACCCAGGCCCUCCCUGAGUUCACCAGUAUAUUCAGCUCACACCAGACCGCAGCUCCAGAGGUGAACAAUAUUUUCAUCAAACAAGAACUUCCUACACCAGAUCUUCAUCUUUCUGUCCCUCCCCAGCAGGGCCACCUGUACCAGCUACUGAAUACACCGGAUCUAGAUAUGCCCAGUUCUACAAACCAGACAGCAGCAAUGGACACUCUUAAUGUUUCUAUGUCAGCUGCCAUGGCAGGCCUUAACACACACACCUCUGCUGUUCCGCAGACUGCAGUGAAACAAUUCCAGGGCAUGCCCCCUUGCACAUACACAAUGCCAAGUCAGUUUCUUCCACAACAGGCCACUUAUUUUCCCCCGUCACCACCAAGCUCAGAGCCUGGAAGUCCAGAUAGACAAGCAGAGAUGCUCCAGAAUUUAACCCCACCUCCAUCCUAUGCUGCUACAAUUGCUUCUAAACUGGCAAUUCACAAUCCAAAUUUACCCACCACCCUGCCAGUUAACUCACAAAACAUCCAACCUGUCAGAUACAAUAGAAGGAGUAAUCCCGAUUUGGAGAAACGACGCAUCCACUACUGCGAUUACCCUGGUUGCACAAAAGUUUAUACAAAGUCUUCUCAUUUAAAAGCUCACCUGAGGACUCACACUGGUGAAAAGCCAUACAAGUGCACCUGGGAAGGCUGCGACUGGAGGUUCGCGCGAUCGGAUGAGCUGACCCGCCACUACCGGAAGCACACAGGCGCCAAGCCCUUCCAGUGCGGGGUGUGCAACCGCAGUUUCUCGCGCUCCGACCACCUGGCCCUGCACAUGAAGAGGCACCAGAACUGAGCGCUGCCCAUGCCACCCGACCCGUUCCAGGUCCCCAGGCUCCCUUUCAAACAACAAACCUAACUGUUCCUAUAUAUAUAUAUAUAUAAAAAAAAAAAGAAAAGAAAACAACAAAAACUGGAAAUGUAUAUUUUGUAUAUUUGAGAAAACAGGGAAUACAUUGUAUUAAUACCAAAGUGUUUGGUCAUUUUAAGAAUCUGGAAUGCUUGCUGUAAUGUAUAUGGCUUUACUCAAGCAGAUCUCAUCUCAUGACAGGCAGCCACAUCUCAACAUGGGUAAGGGGUGGGGGUGGAGGGGAGUGUGUGCAGCAUUUUUACCUAGGCACCGUCAUUUAAUGUGACAGUGUUCAGUAAACAAAUCAGUUGGCAGGCACCAGAAGAAGAAUGGAUUGUAUGUCAAGAUUUUACUUGGCAUUGAGUAGUUUUUUUCAAUAGUAGAUAAUUCCUUAGAGGUAUACAGUGUACCUGGCAAUUCACAAAUAGCCAUUGAACAAAUGUGUGGGUUUUUAAAAUAUAUAUACAUAUAUGAGUUGCCUAUAUUUGCUAUUCAAAAUUUUGUAAAUAUGCAAAUCAGCUUUAUAGGUUUAUUACAAGUUUUUUAGGAUUCUUUUGGGGAAAAGUCAUAAUUCUUUUGAAAAUAACCGUAAAUACACUUACAGUUAGAAUUUGUGGUAAGAUACCUCUCAACAUUACCAAAAUCAUUUCUUUAGAGGGAAGGAAUAAUCAUUCAAAUGAACUUUAAAAAAGCAAAUUUCAUGCACUGAUUAAAAUAGGAUUAUUUUAAAUACAAAAGGCGUUUUAUAUGAAUUAUAAACUGAAGAGCUUAAAGAUAGUUACAAAAUACAAAAGUUCAACCUCUUACAAUAAGCUAAACGCAAUGUCAUUUUUAAAAAGAAGGACUUAUGAUGUCGUUUUCACAUAUGACAAUGUUGCAUUUACGAUGCAGUUUCAUGUACCGAAACGUUGAAUUGAUGAUGCAGUUUUCAUAUAUCAAGAUGUUCGCUCCUGCAGUACUGUUGGUUAAAUGACAAUUUAUGUGGAUUUUGCAUGUAAUAUACAGUGAGACACAGUAAUUUUAUCUAAAUUACAGUGCAGUUUAAUCUCUUAAUACUGACUCAGUGUCUGCCUUUAAAUAUAAAUGAUAUGUUGAAAACUUAAGGAAGCAAGUGCUACAUAUAUGCAAUAUAAAAUAGUAAUGUGAUGCUGAUGCUGUUAACCAAAGGGCAGAAUAAAUAAGCAAAAUGCCAAAAGGGGUCUUAAUUGAAAUGAAAAUUUAAUUUUGUUUUUAAAAUAUUGUUUAUCUUUAUUUAUUUUGUGGUAAUAUAGUAAGUUUUUUUAGAAGACAAUUUUCAUAACGAUAAAUUAUAGUUUUGUUUGUUAGAAAAGUUGCUCUUAAAACAUGUAAAUAGAUGACAAACGAUGUAAAUAAUUUUGUAAGAGGCUUCAAAAUGUUUAUACGUGGAAACACACCUACAUGAAAAGCAUAAAUUGGUUGCUGUUUUGCUUCUUUUUCCCUCUUAUUUUUGUAUUGUGGUCAUUUCCUAUGCAAAUAAUGGAGCAAACAGCUGUAUAGUUGUAGAAUUUUUUGAGAGAAUGAGAUGUUUAUAUAUUAACGACAUUUUUUUUUGGAAAAUAAAAAGUGCCUAAAAGA